UCCGGGGCGAGGGCCGGCCGGGCGUGUUUGAUGGCUUCACUGAGAAGAGUCAAAGUGCUGCUGGUGUUGAACUUGAUCGCGGUGGCCGGCUUCGUGCUCUUCCUGGCCAAGUGCCGGCCCAUCUCUGUGCGCAGCGGGGACGCCUUCCACGAGAUUCGGCCGCGCGCCGAGGCGGCCAACCUUAGCGCGCACAGCGCCAGCCCCAUCCAGGAUGCGGUCCUGAAGCGCCUCUCGCUGCUCGAGGACAUCGUCUAUCGGCAACUGAAUGGCUUAUCCAAAUCCCUUGGGCUCAUUGAAGGUUAUGGUGGGCGAGGCAAAGGGGGCCUUCCUGCUACCCUUUCCCCGGCUGAAGAAGAGAAAGCCAAGGGACCCCACGAGAAGUAUGGCUACAAUUCCUACCUCAGUGAAAAAAUUUCACUGGAUCGUUCCAUUCCGGAUUAUCGUCCCACCAAGUGCAAGGAGCUAAAGUACGCCAAGGAGCUGCCCCAGAUCUCCAUCAUAUUUAUCUUUGUGAACGAGGCCCUGUCGGUGAUCCUGCGGUCAGUCCACAGCGCUGUCAACCACACGCCAACACACCUGCUCAAGGAGAUCAUCCUGGUGGACGACAACAGUGAUGAAGAGGAGCUGAAGGCCCCCUUGGAGGAGUAUGUCCACAAACGCUACCCUGGGCUGGUGAAGGUGGUGCGCAAUCAAAAAAGAGAGGGCCUGAUCCGAGCUCGCAUCGAGGGCUGGAAGGUGGCCACGGGCCAGGUCACUGGCUUCUUUGAUGCCCACGUGGAAUUCACCGCUGGCUGGGCCGAGCCGGUUCUGUCCCGAAUCCAGGAGAACCGGAAGCGAGUGAUCCUUCCGUCCAUCGACAACAUCAAACAGGACACCUUUGAGGUGCAGCGGUAUGAGAACUCGGCCCACGGCUACAGCUGGGAGCUGUGGUGCAUGUACAUCAGCCCCCCGAAAGACUGGUGGGACGCCGGAGACCCCUCUCUCCCCAUCAGGACGCCAGCCAUGAUUGGCUGCUCCUUCGUGGUCAACAGGAAGUUCUUCGGUGAAAUCGGUCUUCUUGACCCUGGGAUGGACGUGUAUGGGGGAGAAAAUAUCGAACUUGGAAUCAAGGUGUGGCUCUGCGGGGGCAGCAUGGAGGUCCUGCCUUGCUCACGAGUGGCCCACAUCGAGCGGAAGAAGAAGCCUUACAACAGCAACAUUGGUUUCUACACCAAGAGGAAUGCCCUUCGGGUUGCGGAGGUCUGGAUGGAUGAUUACAAGUCUCACGUGUACAUAGCGUGGAACCUGCCACUAGAGAAUCCGGGAAUUGAUAUAGGUGAUGUCUCCGAAAGAAGAGCCUUGAGGAAAAGUUUAAAGUGUAAGAAUUUCCAAUGGUACCUGGACCACGUGUACCCAGAAAUGAGAAGAUACAAUAACACCAUUGCAUACGGGGAGCUUCGAAACAACAAGGCGAAAGACGUCUGCUUGGACCAGGGGCCACUGGAGAACCACACAGCAAUACUGUACCCGUGCCAUGGCUGGGGGCCCCAGCUUGCCCGCUACACCAAGGAGGGCUUCCUGCACCUGGGCGCCCUGGGGACCACCACACUCCUCCCCGACACCCGCUGCCUGGUGGACAACUCCAAGAGUCGGCUGCCCCAGCUCCUCGACUGUGACAAAGUCAAGAGCAGCCUGUACAAGCGCUGGAACUUCAUCCAGAAUGGAGCCAUCAUGAAUAAGGGCACAGGGCGAUGCCUAGAGGUGGAGAACCGGGGCCUGGCUGGCAUCGAUCUCAUCCUCCGCAGCUGCACGGGACAGAGGUGGACAAUUAAGAACUCGAUCAAGUAGCGGGGUUGGGGGGGAGCAGGGGCCCCUAGAGCCUGGCCCCCGGCCUGGGGUCUGCCCAUCUUCUGGACCAGCCACACUGGUGGAGAGACAGCAGGAAGCCAGCAGGUGCUCAGCGGGCCUCCUGGGGCUUCUCCAGAGCAGCACAGGGGCCCCAGAUGGAGACUUGGUGUCCCCCCUUUGGCGCUCAGCAGCCGUGAAGCCUAUGCUCCCUGGAAAAGCCCCGCACCCCUCCUCUGGAAACCCAGGAGCCGUGUCUUCUGCCACCUGGAUGCGGACCGCGUACCAUGGAGUGAACCCCCAUGUCCUCUGCGUCCUCUCCCCAGCCACUCGCAGGACUGGGACUCGCAGGGGCCCCUCUUUCUCAUCUCUUGCAGCAGCAGCUUCUGAAUGCCACCCCCAGGCCUCAACAGAGUGGGGGGUGGUGCUCAGCCGCAUCCUGUCUCCCCCUUCUUGGAAGAGGCCCUUGAGACUCUGUGUCCCUCGACAUUGCUUCUGCCCAGAUGCCCAUUUACAAGGCAGCCUCCACCCCCAACCUUUCCAUCAGAUGGACAGCCCUGGACUUUUCUGGACCCUCCCUAAGAUGGCCUGGAAGGAGUUAAUGCUUCCAUGGUCACCCCUGGGGCUCUAGGCUCCGGUGUUCCUGGGCCAACUGCAGAGAGACAACUCCAUGUCUGCAGAGAGCCAGAGACGGAGAGGCUGAGCGCGCACAGGGAGGUCGUGGCUGUGAGGGGCCCCUGGGGCUGGAGCCGGGCCGGUGCAGCUCUGCCCCCCGCCCCGGGGACUAGGGAGCCCUGACUCACCCAGAGCUUAAGGACUGAGGCCAGCACAACAGAGGGGGCCUGGACCCUGGAGGAUGCUCCGUGUUCACCUCAUUUCACCCCAUGCUCUGCUGGCUGACAGGGGAGAAGGCAGUCGAUUCCUCUCUGAAGAGUAAUAAUUUUUCUCGAUUGCCCUCUGGUUAGGGUGCACUUAUAAAUCAGAGUUAAUAUAUGGACGCGUGUGCAUGCCCAUGAGUAUGUGUGCCUGUGUGGUGUGCGUGACUGCGUGUGUGCGCGUGCAUGAGGGUGUCUGGGUGUGUGCCUAGGAGUGUGUGAUAGAGCAGAUGUCAGCGUGUGGCCUUGCGCUUGUCGUUUCCUUGCUCACCUGGAUCAGGACAAGGCUGCAGGAAGCUGGGGGGGUUGGCCAUGCUUCUUUGGCCAGGAGGACGUGGCCCAGACUUGCCCCAUGUGGAGCCCCAGAUGGAAGGCUGUCCCUUUGGCCAGUUCCCUCUCUGUCCCUCAUGCUAUCCCCAAAGGCCGAGCCCUGCCCAGAACCAAACCCUGUAGUCACCCAGUUUGGGUUCACAGUGUCUCAUUUGGUGGCAUCUUACUGGUGAUCGCCCCCCUGCCCCAUUCCUCCCUUGUGAAAUAAAUACAUGUGAGCACUUCCCAAAA